AGCUGGCAAAGAAAUAACUUUUUUUUUGUAGUUUUGGAAUAGUGGUUGUUUUUGUUGUGUUAUUGAAAGAUAAAAUUAGACAUUACCCUCUGAUAUUUGGCUUUAGGUUGCUGACGGUUAGUUUACUGAAUUGAUCUGGGGUUUAAAUUACCAGGUUUAUGUUUAUAAACUGAUUUUGAUAACUAACUUCCUCCCAAGAAAAUAAACCGAUUUCACCUCAAGCGUAGGCGUCUUGUAUGGAGUCCUGGCUUCUGCACCACCGUUUUGAAUAAAACAGUUCUAAUGUAUACGUUUUACGUUUUUACUCCAGUCCAGGAACCCCUUCAUUAUUGGAAUAAGUAAAUUACAGGUUAUGCACUGAUGUAUCUCUGCGUAAAAUAAGUGAGCACAAGACUUCCUCGACCUGAUUGCGGUGCAUUAAUAAAGGCGAGCAUCGGAGAGGUUGUCGAUAUUGAUGUGUCCGUUCCGCAGCGAUGAACAGAAAAAGGACAUUGAUAUCGGACACCUUCAGAGCUAAGAAGAGGAGAUCCGAGACAGAGCGUGGACUACAAGAAAAUGGCAAAACGUCAAUAUCCCAAGCUGCAGAGGGACCUCUGGACAUUAUGGCAGCCCUGGAGAACUUGAUGUCUCUGUUUCCUCGAAAGCUGUUUAAUGACACCCUGCCGCCCAUAGUGAUGAAACACCAGCUCUACAGUAUUCAUAGAGACAGGACACUUGUGGACCGGCAGCUGAGUGAACUGAAGGACCAGGGGAAACUGCUGAUGUUCCAGCUCGGCUUCGACUCGGACACGGCUGCGGUGGUCUUUGCGGACGAAUACAAAGCCAAAGUGCUUGCGGGAGAAGCCGGGAGGGAGACGUCUGGGACCGUGGAGAGGUUCCUCGAGAACGUGCUGCCCGUGUGCUCUGACCUGAGUUUCAACAAAGAGAAGAUGCUCAAGGAGUUCCUCUUCACAGACCAGGAGAUCACACAACUUGUGAAGGCUGGAGUCCUGACGGUCCGAGACGCAGGAAGCUGGUGGCUGUCCAUCCCCAACACUGGCCGCUUCACCAAGUAUUUCCUUCAAGGUCGCAAAGCUGUGCUUGGCAUGAUUAAAAAAUCCAGGUACGGCGAAGUCCUGCAGUCCAGCCUGGAGAACAGGAAGGUCACCUCCCAGGUGAAGUUUGGGAUUCAGUACCACAUCCAUGACAUCAUCGGCGCAGAGCUGGUGGAAUGCAUACCUACUACAUCAGGAACGUUGCUCCGGUUUGCAGACACGUGAAAACCACGUUCCCUUAAUGGAGACACAAACGCAUCCUGUUUCACAUCCAUCUGGGAAGAGGCAGAGGACAUGGUUGUCUGUUUGAAUUAAUUUGGUACUGCACAGAGUUAAUUAUGUAACCUUAUGUGUAUGUCUUAUCUAAAUUUGAUUAUGAUUUAAAUGCUGCUUAAAUUAAAGUGAUGUACUGUAUGCUUC